AUUUCACAUCGAAUGUCAGAGUAUACGAUCUGUCUUUAGUGACUUUCGCAGAUAAAUUCGAAGAAAUUCUGUUUGAUGUUAGAUAUUACGAGAUAUUGGAAAUCAUGGCGCAUGUAGAGAUUCCAAUGGGAGAUAUGCAGGUUUCCUCAGAAAAGCAAAAAGUUACAAAUGGAUUUGAAUUUCUUCAAUUACCUCAACUACCACUUAAUCAAAUAGGUUAUCCUCAAGCUCAUGACUGGAUUGAACAUAGAAAAGCCAAUAUUCGACCAUGGUCAUUAUUUCUUAAUACAAACAAUAUCAGGCCACCACCUAAUAUAACAAGAUUGAGUAAACGAGUUGUAAAGAAUAUUGAAUAUUUCCAGAGCAAUUAUCUAUUUGUGUUUAUUGGAUUAGUCAUAUAUUGUUUGAUCACUUCACCUCUGUUAUUGAUGACAGUUGCUGUCUCUCUUGGGAUAUGUUAUAAACUUUCUCAGCGGCAUUCAAAACAGGAAUUAACAAUAUUAAAUCAUAAACUGACGCUAGCACAAGCAUAUUCUAUAGUUGCAAUUUGUUCAUUGCCUGUAUUUUUUCUGAUUGGUGCACAUGCAGCUAUGUUUUGGGUACUUGGAGUCUCUUGGUUUUUAAUAACAUUGCACGCUGCCUUUUAUAAUAUUGAUGCAGUGCUGAAUCCAGCAGAAGAAGAACUCAAUACAUUAAUUAUGGAAGAAGUAUGAUGUCACAAAUAACUCAUGUUCUAUUAAAAAAGAAUAAAAUAAUUAUUUUAUUCUUUUUUAGUGGAAAAAUUAUUAAAACAAUAUUUAUUUAUGUAAACUAUAAAUAUUAUCAAUAAUUAGUUUAAUAUAUAUAUUGAUAUUAAAAAUAUAUGUAUAAAGUAACGGGCACAGUUGGGAAAUAGAAUGUACUGUAAUUUUCUUGCACUAAAACUGGAGGGAGUUAUUGUUUUUCUAAUAAAAUUUAAUAAUAUAUUUUUUAUUAAAUUUGUAAAAAUUGUUAUGUAUAAGAGAAAUAAAAUAUUAUUAUAUGAUUUACUGAAGUGGUAAAAAUUGAUAAAAGUAAAAUAUUAUGUAUGAAUUUUAAAUAACAUAAUUAAAAAAAUAACUAAUUUUAAAAAACUUAAUUUUUCUACAAAAUAAAAUUGUAAUAAAGCAAAAUAGAAAAUAAGCGCGAUUUAAAUAAAAUAUCUGCUCUGAUAACAAGUA